AUGAUAGAUAGUGAGAGCAACAGUGGGGAGGUUCGGAGCGAGAAGCAGCCACAGCAUUCAUCGGCUUGCAAAGACGACUCAACUCAAUCAUUGGUGAAACAAAAGAUGAAUGCAUUGCCUACAACAACUACAACAACUACAACUACAAAUAAUGUGCCUUGGAGAUGGAAACAAGAAUGGUCAGGAACUGCUUUGUCAAACAAUGGACUGACAUCUAAGGACAUUGGUUCAGGCAAAGCAUGGACAACCUCGGUGGCGCACACUCCAGUGCCAGCGGGCGGUGGUUACUAUUAUUACGAGAUAAAGAUUGAUGUGUGCAAUGUUUCAAACAGUAUAAAGAUUGUGUUUGGUAUAUUGACAUCACAUUACUUGAAGAAAAUACUGAGCAAGGAAAUUGGAAAGAUGGGCAGUCUCAAGGGAGGAUGUCCAUUUGGUUACUUCCCCUCAUUCGGCAAGGGAACAUUGUGUUACUUUGCCAACGGACAAAUUUACAAGGAUGGCAUUGAGGCUUGCAAGACUGAACCGUUCACAAAGGACGACCUGGUGGGAAUGUGCGUCGAUACAUUCAACAACACGAUAUCAUUCUACAAGAACCACAGUCUGGUCGGACGACCCUUCCACAAUGUCAUUCUCGAGCUCUUUGAUACCGAUGGCGAGGACGACAACUCCACACAUCAAGAGUUGUACCCCGCGACAUCGCUCAUCAAGGAGAACGUCGUCUCGAUCGUACCCUCACCUGAAAUCUCGCCCACUCUGCUCGCAGCGGCCAACAACAUCAAGGGCAUCUCUCCAUCUGUACAAUCAACUCCGAACCCAACAGCCGUACCAAACAUUCAAAUAACGACACCACUGGCGGCCACGACGGCUUUGGUUACACCGGUUCGCAGCGGCGGCAGCACAUCAACUACAUCAACGACAUCCACCACAACGACCAGGCAACAUCAUAUGACCAGUCCAACAACAAUGAGGCCGCCACCAACACCUCCAUUGACCAGCGAUCCAGGCAACUCCUGUCCAAUAUGUGGUAUAUCGCUCAAACUCAUUGGUGGAGGUGACUGGCACUCUGUAAAUAAGCACAUUGACGAAUGUUUAACUAUUAGCUUAUUGGACAAAGAGCAUGGAACGGAACCAUAUCAGAUCAAGUGCCCAUACCCUGAAUGCAAGACACCGACUCAACUCUCCAAGGACUUUGUACAUCAUUGCAAUGAUUCACACUUCUUGGAGAACAAUCACAGUCUUGAGUGUCCACUUUGCAAGACAACGGUACCAAAUCUCAUCAGUCACUUGAGCAAGAAGCAUAUAGUCCUCCCCUCAGUCAAGACAGAGUCUUUUGUUGGUGUUGGAUACUCAACGAAUAUACUGGAUCAUAAUUUAGGUAGUGAACAAGAGUGCGCCAUCUGUUUGGAAGAGUUCUUUAAAGGUGAUAAGGUUGCAAGAUUGGAAUGUUGGUGUCUCUUCCAUGAACAUUGUAUUGCAGCCUUCUUGGUAAAGUCAAAGAAAUGUCCAGUCCACUAUUGA